CCGCAGUCACGUGUUUCUCCGCCUCAUUCUCGCGCAGUUUCUUCAGACAUCUCGCGGUAUUUCCCUGUCGGCGCAUUGUGUGUUGUCACCUCUCGCGACAUCCAUGGAUCUGCUGCUAUCGAGCCCGGAGCAGCGAAUGGCUGCCGCCGUCAUGUUGGGCGUGGACUCCAUAAAACUGGAAAAUGGACAGAGCACGUCAUCUAAGCUUGGGCUCCCCCCCCUCACCCCGGAGCAGCAGGAGGCGUUACAGAAGGCAAAGAAAUACGCCAUGGAACAAAGUAUCAAGAGCGUCUUAGUGAAACAAACCAUCGCCCAUCAGCACCAGCAGCUCACCAACCUUCAGAUGGCAGCAGUGACAAUGAGCUUUGGAGAUCCACUCUCACCUUUACAAUCGGUCGCUGCGCAGAGACAACGGGCUCUUGCCAUUAUGUGCCGUGUCUACGUGGGCUCCAUCUACUACGAGCUGGGAGAGGACACCAUCCGGCAGGCCUUCGCCCCGUUUGGACCAAUUAAAAGCAUAGACAUGUCCUGGAUGAAGCACAAGGUAAGGAAAAGUGUAAGGCCGAUAUCUGGCUUCGCCUUUGUGGAGUACGAGGUCCCAGAAGCUGCACAGCUGGCCCUGGAGCAGAUGAACUCUGUCAUGUUGGGUGGAAGAAACAUAAAGGUGGGCAGACCCAGUAACAUCGGUCAGGCACAGCCAAUCAUUGACCAGCUUGCAGAGGAGGCGCGUUCCUUUAACAGAAUCUACGUUGCGUCCGUCCACCAGGACUUAUCGGAUGACGACAUUAAGAGUGUGUUUGAGGCUUUUGGAAAGAUCAAGUCAUGUAUGUUAGCCCGAGACCCCACCACCGGAAAACACAAAGGUUAUGGCUUUAUAGAGUAUGAGAAGGCCCAGUCCUCCCAGGAUGCAGUUUCCUCCAUGAACUUGUUUGAUUUGGGUGGUCAGUAUCUUCGAGUAGGAAAAGCCGUAACGCCGCCCAUGCCCCUCCUCACGCCAGCCACACCUGGGGGUCUGCCUCCUGCCGCUGCUGUCGCCGCCGCUGCUGCCACCGCCAAGAUCACAGCACAGGAAGCUGUAGCCGGAGCGGCGGUCCUUGGCACGCUGACCAGUCCUGGACUUGUCUCACCAGCACUAACCCUUGCUCAGCCGCUGGGGGCGUUACCGCAGGCUGUCAUGGCGGCACAAGCCCCUGGUGUUAUUACAGGUGUGACCCCAGUGCGGCCUACUCUCCCGGUGACCAUACCACAAGUGGGGCUGGUUAACCCCAUCCUCUCCAGCCCCCCGGCUUUGGCGCAGAUGGAGGUGAAGAAAGAGAAGGAGGAGGAGGAGUUGGCCCCGGAGUUUGAGCGGCCGGAGAUGCUGAGCGAGCAGGAGCACAUGAGCAUCUCCGGGAGCAGCGCCCGUCACAUGGUCAUGCAGAAGCUGAUGCGCAAACAGGAGUCCACAGUCAUGGUUCUACGUAACAUGGUGGAUCCGAGAGACAUUGAUGAUGACUUGGAGGGGGAGGUGACGGAAGAAUGCGGCAAGUUUGGCGCCGUGAACCGGGUGAUCAUCUACCAGGAGAAGCAGGGCGAGGAGGAAGACGCGGAAAUCAUAGUAAAAAUAUUUGUGGAGUUCUCCAUGGCCAGCGAGACGCACAAAGCCAUCCAAGCGCUGAACGGCCGCUGGUUCGCCGGACGGAAAGUGGUGGCGGAAGUUUAUGACCAGGAAAGGUUCGAUAACAGCGAUCUAUCGGCGUGAGCCCCGGACUAUAACCCCCAUCCUCCCUCAUUGUCCUCGUACUGUUUUAUUUUUUAACUGUGGAUUUGUCCUCAUUCUGCCAUGUAGGAUUCUGGGUAAUAAAUCGUCUGCUUUUUUUUUUUUUUUUAAUCUGU